AGAACCUGCCUGGCCUACAACUGAUGCUCACACCUGCUCCCAUGAGAGCAAAGGGAGAAAAGGACGAUAGUAAGACAGCAAGACACCGCAUCCCAGUCAGGAGACCCCAACUCUGUGAAUUUUCAGAGAGUGACCAUCGAGGGCAAGUGACGGGACCCCUAGAGGUACAGCUUCCAAAUCUCAUUCACCCAUUCCGGGGAACACUGGCUGUAGCUGGUUCUCUCCAGGAAAGCCCGUUGAUCUCAGCCUCCUAAGGCUCAAGCACAGCUGGUUCGUCACCACCUUCUCACUGGCACUUCAUUCCCAUUUCUGGAUGCACGGACUGCUUCACAUCUUACCACCUUCUGCCUUCAUUUGGCUCACAAACACCUUCCUAAACUCAUCCUGAGUCUUCCGGAAAGGGACCUGCCCAGGUCUGACCUCUCACCUCAUAACCUGAGAGCCUACAGCCACCCUGUCUUUACCAGCCACCUUUGAACACCCCAACUGAGCAAGUUUCAGGACUCAAGGAUCCACUCGACCAACGUCUCGGCACCCCGCACUACUGCUGGCCAUUCCCAAAGCACCAUGACAGGCUUUUGGGUCCUCUGUUUCGUCCUUUUCCCCUCCUCCUUAUCCUAUCCGGAAAGCUGGAUGCCCCUUGUAAACCUCACUCACCACAUCCUACGUGAUACCAACUCUUCCCUGUUUUCCAACUGUUGGGUCUGCUUGUCUACCCAAACCCAGCGGUCCUUAGCAGUCCCAGCCCCUCUGUCCAUUUGGACAGAUACACCCAUGAAGCUUCAUCUUACCUACUCAGUCAGGCCCUUCUCUGGCUCCUUUUCCAUUAGCGACAUUGAAAGACGCCUCCGUCUCUUCCGCCCACUGACUGCCUCCUAUUCUUUCCACAAUCCUGACAGAAGGGCGAUUGCUUUUCUUCAACUCGUCAGCUCAACAGGCAUAUUUCGGAUCAUCACCCGGAUAACCUCUGUGAUAUAUCCCCAUAAGGACCGUUUCUUCGAAUCUGCCCAACGCCCUCUCUGGGGACCACUCUUUACUGAGACCGUGCUCAGGUCGCAGGCCCCACUCUGCAUAUCUCGCUUUUUCAAGGUCUCAGCAUAUGCCACUUUUGUAGGCAACCUCUCUGCCUCUCUCUGCAACUACACCAUGCAUAUUUCACCUUCUACCAGUCAUGAAAACCUAGAUCUUUCCACCACCCAUACGUUCAAACAGGCAAUGAAAAGACCGGAUGCCAAAUGGAAAAACCCGCUCCGUUUUUCCGGGCCCCCCUCCCUCAUCUUCUCGAAGCCGGCUUACUAUCCCUGCCCAACAGACAUCAAACACUGCCAUACCUCUCCGGCCACUCCCUGGAUGCACUGUCCUCAGGCUCCCUUCGGCACCUGCUAUAACCUCACUUUAUUUGAACCAGACAACUCAACCCACCCUGUUACCAUGUCAGUGAACCCUACCCACUUCAAGGUCAAACUCCAGGGGCACAGAGACCCCUAUCCGCUCUCCCAUUACCAGCCCCUCACGGGAGCUGCCCUGUCUGGACAAUAUUCAGUCUGGGAGAACGAGAUCACUGUCCAAGAAAACUGGGACAUCACCUCCAACAUUUUCUCACAUCUUCUCAGCUUCUCGUACGCCUUCUGCCUCAACUCUUCAGGCGUUUUCUUCCUCUGCGGAACAUCGACUUACAUCUGCCUCCCAGCCAAUUGGUCCGGUGUCUGUACCCUGGUCUUCCAAUACCCGGAUAUUGAACUUCUCCCCAAUAACCAAACGGUGCCUGUUCCCCUUUUUGCUUCAGUUCUUUCCUCAGACUCAGUUCUUCGCCCAAAGAGGUCCCCUCACCUCUUUCCCUUCCUUGCAGGCCUGGGUAUCUCUUCUGCCCUUGGUACGGGGAUAGCUGGCUUGGCCACCUCGACUCUCUAUUUCCAACAGCUUUCUAAGGUUCUUUCCGAAACCUUGGAAGAAAUAGCUGCCUCUAUCACUACCCUCCAGAACCAAAUAGACUCGCUCGCAGGUGUUGUUCUACAAAACCGCCGAGCUCUGGACCUCAUCACUGCUGAGAAAGGGGGCACCUGUCUCUUCCUCCAGGAAGAGUGCUGCUUCUACGUAAACCAGUCUGGAAUAGUCCGGGACGCGGCAAGGAAACUCCAAGAACGAGCAUCUGAACUCGGCCAGCAUUCUGACUCUUGGGGACAGUGGCCUGACCUUGGACGUUGGUUGCCCUGGCUGACUCCCUUUCUGGGACCUCUUCUCUUCCUCUUCUUCCUACUGACAUUUGGGUCUUGUCUUCUGAACUGCCUAACCCGUUUUGUGUCCCAGAGACUUGGCUCCUUUGUUCAAGACACUGCCAAAAGGCAUGUGGACAGCAUCCUCCAAAAUUUCCAAUAUAAAAAACUGCCCCAAGACUCCCCAGAUGAGGACACCAUUCCUACAUAACAGGGAAAAGUUGAGAGAGCACCAAGUAUACCCUCCCUUCUACCCAGUUAAUAGAAUCCAAGUCGGGAGACUUAGUUAUGGCCUCAUGUUUGUAUCAGGGUUAAUUCCAGAAACUAUAGUAAUUUGGCAUCCAGAAAAUUUCUUCUUUUUCUAGAUCUGAGCUCCUUCUGCUCCUUCUAGAUCUUCUCCUUAUCAGUAGCCCCCAUCUCAGACAUGGCCUCUGGAGUUGUUUCACCUGACAUUCUUUAAUCCAUCACUCACCUUGCUGCUUAGCUACUCUUAGCAAUGGCCAAAGAAGGAAUGUUUUCAGUGCCCUGCCUGUAGGUGGAGAGUGGGCUCUCUUAUACAGAGAUCUCUGCUCCCAGGCCUGUGCUGCCAGGGAGUGGCUUGUUCCUCCGUUGUCUUUCUUGCUUUCUGACCUCAUACGAAGAACAUUGAGGUGUCAGGGAGCUUCCAGAAGCUGGAAGGGGGCCAGCAAGGAUUCUCUAUGACAGCUUUGAGAGAGAGAGAGAGAGAGGGAGAGAGAGAGAGAGAGAUUAUUUUUUUUAAAUAAAGUUUUUACAGCAUCAUCGUAUCUUUUUUUUUUUAAGAUUUAUUUAUUUAUUAUAUGUAAGUACACUGUAGCUGUCUUCAGACACUCCAGAAGAGGGCUUCAGAUCUUGUUACAGAUGGUUGUGAGCCACCAUGUGGUUGCUGGGAUUUGAACUCCGGACCUUCAGAAGAGCAGUCGGGUGCUCUUACCCACUGAGCCAUCUUACCAGCCCGAGAGAGAGAUUAUUAUCCCCUUAACCUUAGACUGUACCCUUCAGAAGAUAUUAUAAAUAUGUAGUUUCAAGCUGUCAGCAUAGCAGCACUUUGGUACUGUAGAUCCAAGACUCAUGAAUCAACUCUGAUCCGUAGAUGUGGUAGAAUAUUUAGGUGGAGCUCUUCUGGAGCACAUGAACAAGGUGUGGAGAGCACAGGCUGGGGUAGGAUGUACGACUGAGCUGGGCCUGGUAACUGGGAUGGGCAAGAGGACCACAGGGAAGGGAGGGAAGGAGAGAAAGGAGAAGUCAAGGGAUGAAAGAGUGGAUGGCGAGAGAGGAUUCCAGAGGUAAGAGCAAGACGUUCAUGCUGGAGAUGUUACCAGAGUUGUUAGGGGCAGAGCUGGGACCCUGGCAGCCAUAGCAAGCUAGGCUUGACCACCUGUCCUCAACAAGCCAAUCAUUGUCACACUUAAUAGUGAAGAACAGAAAGAAAACACUUAUCCAAUGUGGCCACACUGGAAAAAAGAAGGAAGAAGUCUGUGGAGCCCCUCUCUCACAAAGUCCACGCUCUGGGUCCUGACAUGAGGUUUGGGUUUAAAUAGAAAGCAAGAGACAGGCAUAAGGAAGCAGACCUGUCCAAGACCCCGCCCUUCCUACCAUCAUUGUUCCAGUCUGGUCUCUUCUGCAAGGGACUGUCUGACACAUGAUCAGAGUUGUGUGUAAUCUCUUCCUGAGAGGUAAGCUCCUCCUAACAGGCCCCAGCCUUCUCCAAUUCCAGAUGGAAUUCUCAACUCUAACCCCUGCCUGUCACUGCCUGCAUUCAAAGAAAGCCCAGUAAACUGAGGUAGUUCUGUCCCA